AUGGUCUCUCACCAGAACAUCUUCAACAUCCUCGGCGAUGAGGCCGAGGGAGACGAGAUCCGGCCCCCGGUCAAGACCGUCGAGAAGCCAGCGACCAAUACUGUUAAGCGCAAUACCGAUGGCCUGGCUCCUUCCAAGGGCCCGACCCAGGGCGGCAACCGUCGUGGCGGCGCCAAUGUCUCCGGCAACGAGGCUGCUUUCCGCGACCGCAACGCCGGGCGCGAAUCCAACCGUGGCAAGUCCACCGAUGAGGCUCCCCGUGGCCGUCGUGGUGGCUUCCGUGGUGGCCGAGGUGGUAGGCGCGAGGAGGGUGACCGCCACCCGACCAGGAGUGCUCCUCACAGCAACUCCGAGAAGCAGGCGGCUCAGUCUUGGGGCGCCAAUGAGGGCGAGGCCGAACUGAAGGACGAAGAAGCCGGCGCUAAGAUCGCCCAGUCUGAGCAAAAGGCCGAGGGCGAAGCCGCCGCCGAGGCCACCACCGAGGGCGAGACUAAGGAGGAGGAGCCCGAGGAGAAGACCAAGACAUACGACCAGUACCUCGCUGAGCUCGCCGAGAAGAAGCUGGGUCUCGAGGCCGAGAAGGAGAUUCGCAAGCCCAACGAGGGUGUCAAAGACGACAAGUGGAAAGAUUUCGCUCCCCUCUCCAAGAAACCUGAGGAGGAGGAACUCUUUGCCGGCUCCGGUGGCAAAGCCAAGCGCGAGCGUACACGCAAGGAAAAGCAGACCAUUCCUAUCGUCCCCACCUACGUUGCGCCCGAGGCCGAGCGCACUAGGGGCGGCCGCGGCGGUCGUGGCGGGGCUCGUGGUGAGGGUGGUCGUGGCCGUGGCGCUCCCCGCGGCGAGUUCCGCGGUGGUCGCGGUGCUCCCCGUGGUGAGUUUCGUGGUGGCCGCGGUGGACGUGCUCAGGAGAGCAAGCCCCUCGAUCCCAACGACGAGUCUGCCUUCCCCAGCCUGGGCGGUAACUAA